GUUCAUAGCUUUUUGUCCUAAAAUAUAAUAGAGGAGGGAGGGGGAGAGAGGAGAGUUGUUGGAUUGGUGGGGCCCGUUCAUAUCGACAGCUACGGGGACUCCGCCCAUACAUGUGUGCAUAUAAGGGCAUCAUCGUUUCAGUCUCGUUCACAGAACCUCCACUUAUAGCUCUAAUAGCUGAGUAGAGAGAGAGAGAGAGAGAGAGAGAGAGAUGGAGAGAGAGAUUGCGAGUGUAGGAAAAGUGGAGGAGAUGUUGAGCAACUGGGCGUCAGGGAACUCAUCGUCGUCGUCGAAGUUGCCGCUGCUGUCUCUGAACCAUGUCUCUUUUGUCUGCAAAUCUGUGAGCAGGUCUGUGCGUUUCUAUGAAGAUGUCCUCGGCUUUGUUCUCAUCAAACGCCCUUCUUCCUUCAACUUCCAAGGCGCAUGGUUGUUCAACUAUGGAAUUGGAAUCCAUUUGCUGGAAGUGGAGGAGGUGCCGACGAAGAAGGGGAGAAUAAACCCAAAAGACAACCAUAUAUCGUUCCAGUGCACGGACAUGGGGCUUGUGAUUCAGAAGCUGGAGGAUAUGAGCAUAGAGUAUGUGACGGCAGUGGUAGAGGAAGGUGGAAUUACAGUGGAUCAGCUCUUCUUUCAUGACCCUGAUGGCUACAUGGUUGAAAUCUGCAAUUGCCAAAAUCUCCCCGUCCUUCCUCUUUCUGAUGCGGCCGCUGCAUGCCCUCUCAAAUCCACCCUGCCUACCAGCUCCACUCCCAUUUUGUCUUCCUCCAUAUGCGGGAAGCAAAGCUGGGAUGAGAUGCAGUGCUCCAAGGAAGUAGAGUCUCUUAUGAUGGAUAACUUGAUGGUGAACAUGAUGGACAUCUUCAUCUAAUUGAGCCGUAAAGAUUUUCACUCCUUCAAAUGGAUGCAUGCUUCUUAAUCUGGACUAAAAAAAAAAGAAUUUGGGUUGUGUGGAAUUAAACAUUACUGUUUUGUGUACAUGUUGCAAUAUGCAAAGUGGGAGUGUAGCUACUGCCCAUCAGAUGUUUAAUUAGUUGCAAUGUGAGAAAUAUAUGUAUGUCCAUUUUGCUUCUUGAAUGAAAACCUUAUAUAUUCAUUCAAA